AUUAACAUAUUUUGGAGGAAGUUUUGUAUGCUUGAUUCACCCUUGCAGUAAUGUGAACAGAACGUCUCAGACUUGCAUCCUCUAUCAUCUGGAACCAGCAGUGUGUCUUUAAUAUCUACUUGAAUCAGGAAAAGAAUGGGUGUCUGGUUAAACAAAGGUGACUGCGUCAGAGACUUGAAAAGGAUCGUCCUCUGUUUUUUAAUAGUGUCCAUGGCCAUUGUCGUGGGCACGGAUCAGGACUUUUAUAGUUUACUAGGAGUCUCCAGAUCUGCAAGCAGUAGAGAGAUAAGACAAGCCUUCAAGAAAUUGGCGUUGAAGUUACAUCCUGAUAAAAACCCGAAUGACCCAAAUGCACAUGGUGAUUUUUUAAAAAUAAAUAGAGCAUAUGAAGUACUCAAAGAUGAAGAUCUGCGGAAAAAGUAUGACAAAUACGGAGAAAAAGGUCUUGCAGAUAAUCAAGGAGGCCAGUAUGAAAGCUGGAACUAUUACCAUUAUGAUUUUGGUAUUUAUGAUGAUGAUCCUGAAAUCAUAACGCUGGAUAGAAGAGAAUUUGAUGCCGCUGUUAAUUCUGGAGAGCUGUGGUUUGUAAAUUUUUACUCCCCGGGGUGUUCACACUGCCAUGAUUUAGCUCCCACAUGGAGAGACUUUGCUAAAGAAGUAGAUGGAUUACUGCGAAUUGGAGCUGUUAACUGUGGUGAUGAUAGAAUGCUUUGCCAAAGGAAAGGCGUCAACAGCUACCCCAGCCUCUUCAUUUUUAGGUCUGGAAUGGCUGCAGUGAAAUAUCAUGGUAAUAGAUCAAAGGAAGACUUGGUGCGUUUUGCCAUGCAGCAUGUUAGAACCACGGUGACAGAAUUAUGGACAGGAAAUUUUGUUAACUCCAUACAAACUGCUUUUGCUGCUGGUAUUGGCUGGUUGAUCACUUUUUGUUCCAAAGAAGAAGAUUGUUUGACUUCUCAGACACGACUCAGGCUUAGUGGCAUGUUGUUUCUUAAUUCAUUGGAUGCUAAAGAAAUAUAUUUGGAAAUAAUGAAUAAUCUUCCAGAUUUUGAACUCCUUUCAGCAAGCACACUGGAGGAUCGUUUGGCUCAUCAUAGAUGGCUCUUAUUUUUUGAUUUUGGGCAGAAUCAAAAUUCAAAUGAUCCUGAGUUGAAGAAACUGAAAACUCUACUUAAAAAUGAACAUAUUCAAAUUGGUAGGUUGGACUGCUCCUCUGCACCAGACAUCUGUAGUAAUCUCUAUAUUUUCCAGCCAUGUCUAGCAGUAUUUAAAGGUCAAGGAACCAAAGACUAUGAAAUCCAUCAUGGAAAGAUGAUUCUGUAUGAUGUACUUGCAUUUGCCAAAGAAAGUGUUAAUUCUCAUGUUACCACACUUGGACCUCAGAAUUUUCCUGCCAAUGACAGAGAACCAUGGCUUGUUGAUUUUUUUGCCCCUUGGUGUCCACCAUGUCGAGCUUUAUUGCCAGAGUUACGAAAAGCUUCAAAGCAUCUUUAUGGUCAGCUUAAGUUUGGUACACUAGAUUGUACAGUUCAUGAGGGACUCUGUAGCAUGUAUAACAUUCAGGCUUAUCCAACAACAGUGGUUUUUAACCAGUCCAACGUUCAUGAGUAUGAAGGCCAUCACUCUGCUGAACAGAUCCUGGAGUUCAUAGAGGAUCUUAGGAAUCCUUCAGUGGUCUCUCUUACACCCACUACUUUCAAUCAACUAGUGAAACAAAGAAAACAUGAUGAAGUCUGGAUGAUUGAUUUCUAUUCUCCGUGGUGUCAUCCAUGUCAAAUCUUAAUGCCAGAAUGGAAAAGAAUGGCUCGGACGUUAACUGGACUGAUCAAUGUUGGCAGUGUAGAUUGCCAGCAGUAUCAUUCUUUUUGUGCCCAAGAAAAUGUUCAGAGAUAUCCCGAGAUAAGAUUUUUUCCCCAAAAAUCAAAGAAAGCUUAUGAAUAUUAUAGUUACAAUGGUUGGAAUAGAGAUGCAUAUUCCCUAAGAAUCUGGGGUCUAGGAUUUUUACCUCAAGCCUCCAUAGAUCUGACACCUCAGACUUUUAAUGAAAAAGUUUUACAAGGGAAACAUCACUGGGUGGUUGAUUUCUAUGCUCCAUGGUGUGGACCUUGCCAAAAUUUUGCUCCAGAGUUUGAACUCUUAGCUAGGAUGAUUAAAGGAAAAGUGAAAGCUGGAAAAGUCGACUGUCAGACUUAUGCUCAAACAUGCCAAAACGCUGGUAUCAGAGCCUAUCCAACUGUUAAAUUUUAUCCCUAUGAACGAGCAAAGAAAAAUAUUUGGGGAGAGCAAAUAGAUGUGAGAGAUGCAAGAGAGAUUGCUGCCUUGAUAUAUAAAAAAUUGGAAACUCUACAAAAUCAAGGAAAGAGAAAUAAGCAUCCAGAAGAACUUAAGAAAAACUGUACAGCUAUUAACUGGUCAUUGUAG